UUUUGUUUACUUCUUUGAAGCUCAUGAUGCCUCGAAAAAAGAAAUCAACACAUUUCGCGAAUCUUGUUUUUUUUUUCACAGAACGCAUUCGCGAAGCAUUUUUGGUGAUAUUUUUGUUUUGGGCUUUUUUGGUCGAAAUGGCUGAAUAUUGUGAGGUAAAGUAUUCCAAAGACAUUGAGAUCGUAUAAAGAGACAGAUGCCACCAGCUACGAACAAAAGAAUAAAGACACUAUCCAUAAGUCGUCCCAUAAUAUAUGGAAACACUGCACAACCACUAGGUGACAAAAGACCCCCAGGUGCACCAGAAGAACAUACACAUAGCUGGACUGUGUUUGUAAAGGGUCCUAACGGUGAAGACUUGUCUUAUUUCAUCAAAAAAGUGGUGUUCAAACUACACGAUACAUAUCCAAGUCCUACAAGAUCAAUAGAAUCACCUCCAUUCCAAGUCACAGAGACUGGUUGGGGUGAAUUUGAAAUUGGUAUAAAGAUCUACUUUGUUAAUGAAGCUAAUGAAAAAAAUAUAUCGUUAUAUCACCAUUUGAGAUUACAUCCUUAUGGACUUCCGCCAGAUGCUGUGUUGACCGAUGCUGAUAGAAAUGUUAAAAGUAUUCAAUAUGAUGAAAUUGUAUUCAAUGAACCUACAGAACAAUUAUUUGAAAUAAUGACUCAAAAACCUGGAAACAGAUUACCAGAAACUAAAAAACAAUCAGAGUUUAGUAAAGAGACAGAAAGAGAGGAGAUUGUAAGGUUUGAACAUGGUAUAAAAGAGGUUAAUCAAGAAAUAGAAAAGCUCAAGUCUCAAAUCCAAGAAUUACAGCAACUCAAGGCUAAAUAA